AUGAAGAGCCAACUCCUCACCCUCCUCCUUCUCUCGAUCUCCGCUAGCAGCGUCCAUGGCGCUGUAGCAGCGUGGGGCCAGUGCGGCGGCGCCACAUACAGCGGCGACACGGCGUGCGUAAGCGGGUAUGCGUGCACGAAGGUCAAUGACUACUACUCCCAAUGCCAACCCGGCACCGCCUCCGCCUCCACCGCCUCCACCACCGCCGUGACUCCCACGACCGCCACAACCACCCCCUCCACCACCGCAUCCGGCACAGCCCCCACCGGCACAGGCCAACUGAUUCGCGGCGUCAGCACGCCCAUCUACCACCUGUAUCUGCAGUCCCUCUCCGGCGUGCCAGUAAUGGCCGCCGAGGCCACCGCCGAGCGCUUCAUCAUCUCGGGCUCCAUCCAGGACACCACAUCCGGCCUGUACCUGAACGUGGACAGCUCUGCAACGACGAGCUAUAAGGCGAUUUCGUUUGGUGCGACGGCGACCACGACGGGGUGGGGGUUGGAGGGCGAUACGAUUAUUACCACGAAUGCGAGUGUGUUUGGGAGACAGCUCAACUUCUUGGCGUGCGAGACGUCGACGGCGGGGGCGUAUAAGCUGUAUCUGCAGACGGGGAGCGACACGCCGAGUGGUGAGACUUGUACGUUGCAGACGCUGCAUUUGCCGUGUUUGUGCUAG